UCCAUGGCCAUGGAUUUCCAUCACCACCACACAAGUUAUUCAAGCUACCUUUCUUAAGCUCUCAGCUCCUUCCUAGUUCCAAAGUUGCUAGCAAGCAAGCCGAAGCACUAGAUCCUCGAUGGCACGCGUGGCACUGCUCGCCGUGUUCGCCCUGCUUGCGGCACUGUCGGUGGCAGAGAUGGCGUCUGGGGCCGUGACCUGCGGCGACGUGACGUCCGCCAUCGCGCCGUGCAUGUCGUACGCGACGGGGCAAGCGACGGCACCGUCUGCGGGGUGCUGCGGCGGGGUGAAGACCCUGAACGGCGAGGCGUCCACCGCGGCCGACCGGCAGGCGGCGUGCCGCUGCCUGAAGAACCUGGCGGGGAACUUCAAUGGCAUCAGCAUGGGUAACGCUGCCAGCAUCCCCGGCAAGUGCGGCGUGUCCGUCUCCUUCCCCAUCAGCACCAGCGUCGACUGCAACAAGCUUCACUAAGUUAUCUUUGAGCAUCAUCAGACCUGGCUAUGGAUAGCUAGCCGACUGGGCGUGUACUGUUGCUGCCUUCUGCUUGUGUUGUCGUUGUUGUUUUCUACAUGUGUUCGACCUCCAUCUGAUACCUUUAUUACACAUCGAAUCAUCAAUAAAAUUAUGUGUUGAGCUUAAUUUUUA